AUGUCCUCCGAAAUUCAACUCCUCCCCCUUGGCGCCAUAAUACAAGCCUUCAAAGUCGACGGCUUCAACAUCGUCCAAGGCUUCCCCACCCAAGACCUCUACGUCACGCACAACGGCCCCUACUUCGGAGAGACUAUCGGCCGCGUCGCAAACCGCAUCUCCAACGCCAAGAUCACCUCACUCAACGGGAAGAGCUACUCCCUCGCCGCCAACAAUGGGCCCAAUAACCUGCACGGCGGUGUCGUCGGUUGGGGCAAGCGAGUAUGGAAGGGGCCCAAACCCGUCGGUUUGCGGGAGAUCCCCGGCGUCAAAUUAGAUGAGGGAGGGGAGAGCGUCGAGUUUACGCUUACGAGCGAGGAUGGGGAUGAGGGGUUCCCGGGUGAGGUCGCGGUGAAGGUGACGUAUACUUCGGGGAAGCAGACAUUGGAUGGGAAGAGUGUUACAGUGUUGGGGUGGGAAUACGAAGCGGAGUUGGUUGGGGGUGCGGAGGAGACGGUUAUUAAUAUGACAAACCACUCCUACUUUAACCUCUCAGGCGGACCUACGAUCGAAGGCACCAAAGUUCAGCUCUGCACACCAUCGUAUCUCCCCGUUGACGGCGAUGGCAUACCUACGGGCGGCCCGAAAGACUUCACCAAGGUGGCCGUCAACUCAUACUUUACGCUCGGUGCAGUGGCGCCUGACAUCGAUGACUGCUUUGUUGUCGAUGCGAAAUCGUCGCCUAGCCAAGUACCGCUCGACACCCGCUCCUGCUCUCUGACGAAGCUCGUGUCGGCGAGCCAUGCGGAAAGCAAGGUUCACCUUGAGGUUCUGAGCACAGAGCCCGCUUUCCAGUUCUACACGGGCAAGUACAUCGACGUCAAAGCGGCAGAGGGUGCACCGGCGCGUGGCCCCCGAAGCGGGUUCUGUGUCGAGCCCAGUCGAUACGUGAAUGCGUGUAAUGUGGAUGAGUGGAAGGCGCAGAUGUUGCUGAAGAAGGGCGACAAGUAUGGUUCCAGGACUGUGUACCGUGCCUGGAAGGAGUAA